AUGGUAAACGGCGCGUGCAUUUCCUUUGAAACUGUCUGGGAAAGCUUCGAAGAGGAAGAACGCGUGGUUUUCGACGCGAAAAUGAACUUUGUGGGUGUGGGAGUGUCUGUGAUCAAUGGAACGCCGGAAGAACUUCUCUAUGUGAGUUUGUUGGGAUUGAGAAGCGAUAUAAAAGUGAUGAAUCGUGGAAAGAAGGUGAUCGAACUGGAAUUGAAUUCGUUCCAGAUCGACAACCAAAUCAGCGGAGCGAAAUAUGAGGUUCUUCUUGACACUCCCUCGGCUGGAACGUGGCUUUCCGCCACGGUGGUGAUUCAGCCGCAUCCUUCGCUUCUCUACUUGGAGUUGUUCUCGGUAUUGAUGCAGAAUGUUCGCGUGUUUGCGGAUUCUGGAGUGAUCAUGAACAUUCUGAGCUUCGUCCAAGAGCUGCCUUUCGAUAUUUUCGAGAAGAUCGAGCGCGAUUGCAUGAAGCAAAUAAGCGAAUCGCCCCUCUUCAUUCGACCUCUUCUCAUUUCGGAGUAUUCCUACUGUUCGUCGGCUUUGUAUGCAGAGCAUUUCACUCUACAACCCUUCCUCUUGACCAUCACGUUCGCGCUGGAUCCUGCGCGGCCGAUUGCUUCUUCUGUGAUUCCCGAUGUGCCCAUUCUGAUUCCCGUGCAGUCGGUGGUCGACAUGAUUGGAAACAUGCUGGGCAACAUCGACUCGGCGCAGGUGCGCUUGAGUGCGUUUUUAGCGAAGGACUUGCUCAUGGGCAAAGCCGAGCUCUUCUCUCGCCUGUCUUCCCACUACGUCCGUCAGCUUCUCCGGAAGUUCUACAAGGUUGUGGGCUCGGCGGCUCUGCUAGGAAACCCUGUGGGGCUGUUCGAAUCGGUUGGUUCGGGCGUGAAGGCCUUUUUCUACGAGCCGAUUCAAGGCCUUUCAAAGGGACCCGAGGAGUUUUUCGAUGGGUUGGGGAGAGGAGCGAAGACGUUUUUGCUGAACACGACGUAUGGCAUCGCGAACUCGGCGUCCAAAAUCACGGGCACGAUCGGAAAUGGCUUAUCGGCGAUCGCUGGAACGGAAACAUAUCGAUUGGAUCGCGCGGCAGGGAAGAGCGGGAUCAUCUACGGCGUGCGCGAGGGCGUGUUGGGGAUGUUUAAAGACUCGGUGAACGGAGCGAGAGAAAAUGGAGUGAUGGGCGCGAUUACGGGGACGGGAAGAGGCAUCGUGGGGCUGAUCACGAAGCCAGUGACGGGCGUGUUGGAUGACACGACGAAGAUCAUCGAGUCUGUAAAGGACGCGACCCACGUCUCUCAGGAACUGAGUCGCAAGCGUCUGCCUCGCUAUUUGUAUCCGGAUGGCGUGCUCACGUCGUUCUGCAGCUAUUUAGCGGAGGGAAAGCAGAUGCUGGCGAAUUGCAUGAACUCGAGCGCGGUAAAAGUGAAUGAUCGCUACAUGAUUCAUGUGAUCGACAACCAAUUCAAUCAUUUGUUGAUCACAAAUCAUAGCUCCGUGUUGAUUUCUUCGCUGUGUCAGGUGUUGUGGAUGAUUCCUCACGAUAAAUUGAACUAUGUCUCGCACGAUAUGGACGUGAUCGAGUUUUAUUUGAAGGAUCGCAAGCUGUUGGUGGUUGUGCAAACCGAAACGAUCGCUUCGAACAUUUGCAAGAUCGUGGACUCUCUGCGGAAUUGUAUUUCGAUCAAUGUUUCGAUGGCUAUCAAGCAGAUCGCUUCGUUUUAUGGAGAAAUUCUCAGCGAUGAGGAGUUUCUGAUUCUCGAUCAGAUCCACGAAGAAGAAGAAGAAGAAGAAGGCAAUCCACAGCGAAGAAGGUCCGCCUCGCAAUCAAAACCCAGGUCCAAAUCUUCUGGAUCUUCUGGAUCUUCUGGAUCUUUUUCUUCGUCUUCGUCGCGUGCUUUCCCUGAUGCUGCGGAUCUUCGCCCCUUCGUUCUCUCUCAAGCCAUUAUUUGUGGCUGGCACCGGAAGACGGAGGUGUUGCAGCCGUCGAUGCUGCUUCACAGCUUCGAAGAGUACGAGAUUCAAGUGUGCGAAACGACGGGAUCGAAAUACUGGAUCGUGCAUCGAAGCUUUUCUGAUUUUGUGUAG